AGAGAACAGAGAGCCAGAAACGGAAAGCACUUCCCCCAAAAUCAGUUAUAACAAAAAGCACUAAAAGCCCACCCACGCCUUUGGGAGACCGGUAGAGCAGUAGAAGUAGAAGUAGAACUAGUACCACACACACACAAACACAAAGAGAGAGAGAGAGAGAGAGAGCAACAAACCAUGUCAGCCCUUGUGGUGCUCAAAAUGACCACAGCAACCUCUCCUAUAAAACCCAUAAUCCCCCCAAAAUCUCCUCCUUCUUCCCAUUCGCUCUCUCUCUCGCUCCUCCUUCACCACCACCCGCCCCUUAACCUCAUCAUUAACCCCCAAAACCCAAAUUCACAGUCUCAAUCCCAAACACGCCUGGCUGAGGACAACAAUACCCUCAGCUCUCCCUCAUCAUCAUAAACCGUUUGGGCCCAGAUUCCGCCGCGGCCCAUUUAAAUGCGUGUCUGUAUUUUCUUCCUCGUCGUCUGCUAGCGGUGGUGGUGGUCGCUCCGAGAAUCAAGGAGAGGAGGUUUCCGGUCUUAUGGCCGAUAUGGGUUCCGAGAAUCAUAAAGGCCAUGAGUGGUUUGAUAGCAAAUUGUACCCUGAUCAUCAUCAUGACCGUUCACAGCCGCCGCCUCCUCAUCAAUCGACUAAGUUGCUCACCUUGCCCACCAUUCUCACCCUCGGCCGCGUCGCCGCCGUGCCUCUCCUCAUCAGCACUUUCUAUGUGGAUAGUUGGUUGGGAAAGACUGCUACGACAAGUAUAUUUAUCGCUGCAGCGAUUACUGAUUGGCUCGAUGGCUAUCUUGCUCGCAAGAUGAGGUUAGGAUCUGCUUUUGGCGCAUUUCUGGAUCCGGUAGCUGAUAAGCUCAUGGUUGCAGCCACACUGGUAUUGUUGUGCUCCAGACCUCAAGAUGUUGCUGCAUUUGGGCAAGUUCAAUGGCUUUUGGUUGUUCCUUCAAUUGCCAUAAUAGGUAGAGAGAUAACCAUGUCUGCAGUUAGAGAAUGGGCUGCAUCUCAGAACACCAAGCUUUUAGAGGCUGUUGCUGUAAAUAACUUGGGAAAGUGGAAAACAGCCGCACAGAUGAUUGCGUUAACUAUCCUCUUGGCCACCCGAGACAGCAGUCUUGGAGGGUCAGAGUUUGUAGUAGCUUCUGGGGUUGUUCUGCUGUAUAUAUCAGCAGGGCUUGCUGUAUGGUCUUUAGUUGUGUAUAUGAGCAAGAUAUGGAAAGUACUGCUGAGGUAGCCUGUGGGUGCUGCUUGCUCUAUAUUUACGGAUAUACAUCUCAUGUGAGCCAUUAUUGCGAAGCACUACUUGUCAAUGCUCUGUACAUGAACCCAGUGAUGAUCAAUUAUUGCACAUUGGAGCAUCAUUUUGCUGCUAGUCGAUGGAGGAGGAUAACAUUAUUGCUAAAGUUCCUGCAGUAUUAAGUAAAUUUCAUAUUUCGGGGUGGGUAGUAUCAUUGGCUGCCCUCAACGACUUUAUAUUCUCGCUGCUGUCAGGUUGGUCUGAUUUUUUGGGAUAAUAUUCGGGAUACAGAUGUUGAAACAACUUCCCUCACAUUACAUAGUUUGGUUCAAUUCUUUUAUCUGCCCAUUUAUUUGCAAGAUGCUGGUUCUUUGAAGCCAAAGUGAGGCUGGGGGAUGCAUUCUGGAGUUUGGUGUUGGAGAUGGUUUAUUAAGUGUAAACCAAAAUUAACUAUGUUAGAGUUCCUCUUGAUUGUUUUCCAUAUCUUAGAGAAACAUUUUCAAUUUCGUUUUCAAGGUCUUAUAUUAUCAGGGCAAAACCUUAUCUUCAAUGUAACCAAACUGAUUGAUAUUCAUUCAGUCUAUCCACAUACAACUUCAUUGCAAUCAAGCUUUUGUUAUAAACC